GAGACGUGGACAGGAGAGAGUGGGAUGACCCGGGUCACCCUCCAACUCCUGACCCUUCUCUGGGCUAUGACUGGGACCAGCACCCAGACCCGAAGCUCAUGCUCUGUUCCCUUAGCAGAGCAGCCCUUGGUUAAUGGCAUCCAAGUGCUCAUGGAGAGCUCGGUGGUCAACUCUGCCUUCCCAAACCCCAGCAUCCUGAUUGCCAUGAACCUGGCCGGAGCCUACAACUUGGAGGCCCAGAAAAACCUGACUUACGAGCUCAUGGACAGUGACACAGCUGACCUUACCAUUGGUCAGCUUGCCCUCACCAUCAUGGCCCUCACCUCCUCCUGCCACGACCCUGGGAACAAAGUAUCGAUUCUACAGAGACAAAUGGAGAAGUGGGCGCCUUCCAGCCUCAAUGCCCAUGCUUCAUCCUUCUAUGGGCCCAGUCUGGCGAUCUUGGCGCUGUGCCAGAACCAGCCGGCGAGGACCUUACCCAUAGCAGCCCGCUUCGCCAAGAGCCUGCUGGCCAGUUCCUCUCCCUUCAACGUGGACACAGGAGCAGUGGUGACCUUGGCUCUGACCUGUAUGUACAAUAAGAUCCCCAUAGGUUCAGAGGAAGGUUACAGAGCCCUGUUCGAUCAGGUACUGAAGAAUACUGUGGAGAAUAUCAGCAUGAGGAUCCUAGACAAUGGCAUCAUCGGAGACAUCUACAGCACUGGCCUUGCCAUGCAGGCUCUCUCCGUGACACCUGAACCACCUAACAAGGAGUGGAACUGCCAGCAGACCAUGGAUUCUGUACUGGAUGAGAUUAAGGAGGGGAAAUUCCACAACCCCAUGUCCAUUUCCCAAAUCCUCCCUUCCCUAAAAGGCAAGACAUACCUAGAUGUGCCCCAUGUGUCUUGCAGACCUGGUCAUGAGGUGCUACCAACUCUACCCAGCCAUCCUAGCCGUGUUCCCACCUCAGCAUCCAAUAUCACCGUCAAAUACACCAUAAAUAACCAGCUGAGGGGUGUGGAGCUUCUCUUCAAUGAGACCAUCAAUGUUAGUGUAAAGGGAGGAUCAGUGCUACUUGUUGUCCUAGAGGAAGCACAGCGCAAAAACCCCACAUUCAAAUUUGAAACCACAAUGACAUCCUGGGGACUUGUGGUCUCUUCUAUUAACAGUAUCACUGAAAAUGUUAAUCACAAGACGUAUUGGCAGUUCCUGAGUGGCAAAACACCUUUAAAUGAAGGAGUUGCUGACUACAUACCCUUCAACUGCGAGCACAUCACAGCCAACUUCACACAGUACUAAGGAGAAGGAUUGAGCUUCUAUCAAACGUCCCCAGAGGACGGCUGGAAUUUUUUUUCACCUCAUUUCAAAUCUGUGCGAAAAAGUCGGUAUUUACAAUGCUACCAUAUUCCUGGUUAAAACAUGGAAGCCACAAUGUAAAAUAAAUGAUGCAAACUUCACUGGAGUUUC